GUCGACUAGUUCAUAAAUUUCGUAUUCGAACUUUACGUUGUUUCCAACUUUCCAAGUGCUAAGUGUUUGAUACUUUUAUCAGUUUUGUGAGUUAUUUAUCAGUGUUUAGUUCAUCAUGACUGGACGUGGUAAAGGAGGCAAAGUCAAGGGAAAGGCCAAGUCCCGAUCCAGCCGCGCUGGACUGCAGUUCCCCGUGGGCCGUAUCCAUCGUAUGUUGCGCAAGGGCAACUACGGCGAGCGCAUCGGCGCUGGUGCUCCCGUUUACCUGGCCGCUGUCCUGGAGUAUCUGGCUGCCGAAGUUCUGGAGUUGGCAGGCAAUGCCGCGCGUGACAACAAGAAGACUCGCAUCAUUCCGCGUCAUCUCCAGCUCGCCAUCCGCAACGACGAAGAGUUGAACAAGUUGCUGUCCGGAGUGACCAUCGCCCAGGGAGGUGUCUUGCCCAACAUCGCUCCGACGCUUUUGCCGAAGAAGACUGCUGGUGGUCCGCAGGAGACGCAGGCGGAAGCCAAGCCCAGACCAGCUGGAGGCAAGGCCAAGAAGCCAGUCGCUGCCGAAGGAGUCUCCCAGGAGGUUUGAAUUUCAUAACCGGAAGUUGUUAGUCGAUCGAUUGUUGUUUUCCGUUGAAUGAAUUAUUGGCUUUGUUGAUGUGCAUUGUACAUACUAAAUACGAAUCUUGAGUGUAGAACUUCAUUGUUUUUUUUGUGCGCUUCGGCGUCACAGUGUUCAUUGUCAGCACUAACAGUUUUCAGUUUACGGAGUUUGAAUGUAAAACGCAAUGAAAUACCGCGGGAAUGUGA